CUGAUCCCUGCAUGGCUCGAAGAUCAAUUCACCGUCGCGACAUGGCUGGGACGUUCGUCACGCAGUGCAAACGGAACCCUGUCGAGAUAACCUCCCCGUUCGAAUUCUGGAUUGCACGCAAGCAAUUCAUCUCUAUCAGGCCCUCUGUCUAACAGGUUGAUUGGUCCGAUCUUCUCUGCCCUAUACCCAGGAUCGACUGUCAUACGCGUGCCGUGCCGGACAUCUAUCUCAUCCGGGACAAGUGAAGAAGCUCGUGCGAUCUGUAUGAUCUCAGGCUUCCGCGGAGUAUAAGUACUAGCGCGUGCUCGUUCAAAUGACCCUUGCUCCGGCUUCCAUAGCUCAUCCCUUUGCAUCAAUUCCUGUUUUGACCAUGGCUAGUGUUGCCCCUCCUCUCCCCGACGUUCGCCUGAGCUUUGGGCCUAUGCUGAUCGGAGUCUUCUUCAAUAUGAUCCUCUAUGGGGUGUCUUCGUCAUACAGGUCCGGAACAUUCACGAACAUUGUUAUUGGCCUAACUCGGGUCUCUUGCCGUCCAGAUGAUGACUUAUGUCCAAACGUACAAGAAGUGAGUCUCUGGGUUGGCUGGGAUGCAAUCUGGAUGAAACUCUUCCUGUCCUAUCUUUUCGUCGUGGAGACAGCGAACACCGGCAUGGACAUGGGCAUCAUAUACGAGCCACUCAUUCUGCACUACGGUAUUUUAUCACGCGAGAAACACCCAAGUACUUUCCAACCCGUGAGAUUCCGCAUUUUCUUUGCUGUGAUGCAGCUGAAGCCAUGCUAUUUCCGCCUCGCAGUCUUUAUGGCCCAGCCGCUCUGUGUCGUGCGUCUUUCAGGGGGACUUCUUUCCAGCGGACUUACGAGACGUCAGGUCCUGAUCUCGAUGCCAGUCCAGCUCUUUUUCGCAUGGCGAAUCAGACAAUUGACAAAAGCUGUCUGGCUUCCGGUGCUUAUCGCACUGCUGGCCCUUUCUAGCUUUGCGGGAGGUCUUUGGACUUCUGUAGAGAUCCAGAUCCUGCGUCUCUUCGCCAAAAAACCGUUGCUUCAUCAUCCAGCUUUGGUGUGGUUCUUGACCUCCUGUGUCGCGGACGUGUUGAUCACAGUCACGCUUGUCAUCACUCUGUCCAGGAAGAAGACUGGUUUCACCGCGACCGAUUCAGUGCUUGACAGAAUCAUACGCAUGACCAUUCAGACUGGCGCGGCGACUGCCUUGUUCAGUAUUCUGGAUGUCGUGUGCUUCAUGGUUCUCCCGCACUAUGCUGUAAACUUCAUCUGGGAUCUGGCACUAUCGAAGUUGUAUAGCAACUGUCUCCUGUCGACUCUAAAUGCACGCGCCAAGCUCAACUCGGCCUCGCAUGGGUCGACAUAUCAGCAGCAUCAACCCCGAGGAUAUGUCAUCUCCCCCCGCGGGUCCGGCAAAGACAGCUUCCUCGAUGCUCAGGCAAAAUCGGGUUUCCCUAACGAUCCCCUCGAGUACGGCAUUCGGAUGACGAAAGUCGUCGAGCGUAUGCAGGAUCCUCUACCCGGAUCGACUGCGGAUGCCUAAAUCAAACUUCCGAAGCUGCAGUAUUGACAAAGCGGACUGUAAAUGUAUAUAUGUUGUAAAUUGUGUACGAUCCAUCACACUGUGAUUUCUCCCCAAAUGGC